AUUGGGUAUAGAAUAACUGCCCGCCAUUCGUUCUAUUUCUCUUCGUCUCCGUCAUCGUUCCAAGCCUCGGAUUAGGGUUUAGCUUCACCCUCUUCUUCUUCCUCUACUUCUACUCUACACUUCCAAGGACCUCCCUUCUUUUUCUCCUAUAAGCCAUGGACGUCACCAAGAAGCGGAGGAUGGACGAAAACGGUGUCGACUCCUCCGAAAAUUCUUUUUCAAGAAUUACUCCCGAAGACGCCCGCAAGAUCAUUGAUCGUUUCACUCCCGACCAGCUUAUCGAUAUUCUGCAAGAUGCGGUUUCGCGUCACUUAGAUGUUCUUGAGGCAGUACGAUCGAUUGCCGACCGAGAUGUCUCCCAGCGGAAGCUAUUUAUUCGGGGUCUUAGUUGCGAUACAAGUACAGAAGGCUUGCGUUCUCUCUUUUCCUCUUAUGGGGAGCUUGAAGAAGCUGUUGUUAUUAUUGACAAGGCAACCGGGAAAUCGAAAGGUUAUGGCUUUGUAACUUUUAAGCAUGUUGAUGGUGCUCUACUGGCUUUGAAGGAACCGAGCAAGACAAUUGAUGGCCGCGUUACGGUGACGCAAUUGGCGGCUGUGGGAAUUUCCGGCCAGAAUUCAAACGCUGCGGACUUGUCGUUGAGGAAAAUUUAUGUGGCCAAUGUUCCGAUGGAUAUGCCGGCCGAUAAGCUGUUGGCACACUUUUCGCUGUAUGGAGAAAUUGAGGAGGGGCCGCUAGGGUUCGAUAAGCAGACAGGUAAAUGUAGGGGUUAUGCUUUAUUCGUGUACAAAAAGCCAGAGGGUGCUCAGGCAGCUCUGGUGGAUCCUAUCAAGACAAUUGACGGAAGGCAGUUGAGUUGUAAAUUUGCCAACGAUGGGAAGAAAGGGAAACCUGGCGGAGGGCCAGAUGGAAAUCAAACGCAGGGGGCAGGUCAAGGAAACGUGCAUGGUGAUGGCAUGCCAAUGGCUCCACCGUCGGCAAUGCCCGGUUCAGGCGCACAAUAUGGUGGGCCGGGAGGCAUGGGGUCAUAUGCAGGGUUUUCUAGUGGGCUUCAAGGGGCUCAGCCGCUGGCUCAUCAUCCGCUCAACUCGUCAAUGGGGCCGGGGCUAUCUUCUGUCGGUGGUCAGGCUCCAUCUUCGUUGGGAAGCUCCGGCGGAUACGGUGGCGGACCAUAUGGUGGUGGGUACGGGGGGCCUGGGUCAAUUUAUGGCGGUAUGGGAAGUGUAGGUGGAGGUUUGGGUGGUUCUGGAGGUGGGUUGGGCGGAGCUGGGGGUGCUUCAUCUCUGUAUAGAUUACCACAGAGUUCGGUUGGAAUGCCUUCUGGUGGUUAUCCGGAUAGUGGGCAUUAUAGCAUGUCAUCAGCAUCAGGGCACCCAAAUCAGCACCAUCAACCGGCAGGAACAUCACCAGCGCCACGUGUUCCACCUGGAGGGAUGUAUCCCAAUGUGCCGCCAUAUUACUGAGGUUAUGAUGCUUGUUGGGCGCAGAUGCUUUAUGUGCUCUGGUGAUUGCGUUGAUUGCAGACUGUAACUCUGGUUUGAUGAAUGCAUUAGCUUUGCUUGUGGCCUCUGCUGUUUAACUGCACCUUUGAGUUGUCUAUUGAUAAUUACUUGUAGUCAAAGAGACAGUUAGAAAGUUAGAUAAUUUUUGUACUGUACCCAAUCACUUAUUUGUGCUACUUGACUUUUCUACUAGUAGUGAGUUUAGUAUUUUAUGAGUACUAUUAUUUGCUCUGGUUA